CAAGAACAACAAUCAGUCAAUCCAAAGAAAAACACGACAAUCUUUUGAGAGAGAAAGAAAGAGCAGCCGACCAUGUCUGGAAGAGGAAAAGGUGGAAAGGGAUUGGGAAAGGGCGGUGCGAAGAGGCAUCGUAAGGUUCUGAGGGACAACAUCCAGGGGAUCACCAAGCCGGCGAUCCGCCGUCUGGCCAGGCGUGGUGGCGUCAAGCGUAUCAGCGGUCUCAUCUACGAGGAGACCCGCGGCGUCCUCAAGAUCUUUCUUGAGAACGUCAUCCGUGACGCCGUCACUUACACCGAGCACGCUCGCCGGAAGACCGUCACCGCCAUGGACGUCGUCUACGCCUUGAAGAGGCAAGGCCGGACCUUGUACGGUUUCGGAGGCUAAGGAGUCUAAUCUUUUUAAUCUUUUUAGGUUUCAGAUUUCGUGUAAUUGCUGUUGGAUAAAUGUUUCCAAGGAUUAUAAUUAUUGUAUUGUGACUCGCAAUGUGAAUGAAGCUUUUGGAAAUGUUCAAAUUUCAA